GGCUACUGUCAGAUGCCAGUUUGCCUCCGUUAAUCCAGGAAGUGUAGUUCCCCUCUCGCGGACGACGAACGAAAGGCCAGUUUCGCCUUUUCUGAUGUCUGAAAAUAUGUGUGACUGAAUUUUGUGGAAACUGGAACACUUCAAAUCGACUAGGAAACUGCACUCUUUAGCAGCUAUCUACUACUUUCAAGUUCCUCUUUUAGUGAAAAUUCGGUGCGCGAAAUUGUGAGUGAGUGAAUGAUUUUGGAAAGCAAUUUUCGAGGGAAAAAUCGUCGUCGGGAAAACGGAUUUUUUCCCUUCGCACAUACGACGACGACGACGACGACGGUGUCUGCCCCUGGUGUGUUGUAGUAUCUCGGGUCGGUCCAUGUUUGUGAGGAGGCUCUAUUUUUCCUGCUUCUCGUUAAGUGAAAAUUUUGUGCUAGUGUGAGUGCGUUCACGGGACCAGCAGUAGCAGGGUGGAAGUGAAAAUCGGGAAAAACCUUCCCGGAUUGGUUCUGGUCGCCUCGCCGCGCCGCGAUGGGAGUUUUUCGUUCCUGAAGGAAGAAGGAGCCGUGAAAGAAUUCUGUGUGUUGUGCUGCUGUCAUCCCGAGAAUUGAUUUUUUUUCCUGUUCCUUUCGGUUCCCUGUCUGGAUGGCUGGUUCCGGAAUCUGCCUCCUGCCGUGAUUGGUGCCAUUCGAGGGGAGUGUUUCGGAAAGACCGAUCCGGACCGGUUUUUGCUGGUCCGGAUGUUGCUCGAUGGGAUGAUCUGAGCAGGAUGUGUCCCUACGGUGGACAACAGCGGACAGUAGCAGCAGACUGACAGAGGCAGAAGCAGCAGGAAUUAUCUGUUCCGAGAAUCGAGAGCAAUCAAAAAAGUGCCACCGAAAAGGGCCAGGAAUUUACUCCCAGCGAAACGAGCUGUGUAUGUUGAACCUUGGAAUAUUAACUACUUGCUAGAGUGUAUCUUCUUCUUGUGACUGGAAGAGUGUUUGGCCAAGUUUCGUAUUUUGUUGCCCUUUUUUAUUUUCUCAAUGUUUUAUUUAUCGAAGCUUUGGCAGGAAGAGGCAAAAAGUGCGUGCCGUGUCUAUUUUCUUCCUUCGCAUUCUCACUCUCUGGUUCUGAAUCGUGUGUUGCCCCAGUUCUAUCGGUGGUUCUCCAACGGCAAUUUGUGUCCGUGGUAGAACUUGAAGAAGGAAAAACGCGAGUGUAAAGCCAAUGUAGCACCGCCGUUUGGUGGGCUUGGCUAGUGUGGAGAAAAUCGCAAGUGGGAAGCAAGACUCGGAUCGAUUGCUUCCCCAUCUCCCAAAAAUAGAAAAACAGGGCCACAAAAAAGGAUUAAAAUAGCAGCGGCCAUCCACCCUUUUUCUUAAAGAAAAAAGAAACGAGAAAACCCUUCGACCCAACGACCCCGAGGAAGCAGGGAGCUGGUGUUCCGGUUCCCUCGCAAAAACGGAUCACCUUUGCUCUGGCCGGUGCCAGUGCCAGCAGAAGCAGCAGGAGGAUAACCCGGUGGAAAACUCGGAUCAGCCCACGCAAGGCCAACAGCAUCAGCACCAACAUCAUCCGUUGGACGACUGCUGCCAUGCCUUGCUGCGACUGAACCAGAACUUCUACCCGCAGAUCUCCGGUGGGUUACAAUCCUGCUUCGGGCUGCUAGCACCGAACCGGGCGACGAGGGCAGACGAUCCGCUUCUGAUCGUCGGAACACCCGGUGGAGGCAACGACGGAGGCUUUGGAGGUUCCCUGGCAGCUGGCGCCGGCAGUGGACUGAACGGAAGCAUCGAGUACUACUACAGGACCGAGGCACCGGUUCCGACGGCGCCACCCUUCGUUAGCUCCGUCAGCAGCAGGGCCAGUUACAGGUCCAGCUUCCAGUCACCGCAAUAUCGUAGCAUCUACUCGACGAGGAACGUCACCUCCUCAGCCGCAGCAGCCAUGGAUGAGAACGAAGUGAUGGCGGCCUACCUGUGGAAUCAACAAUCCCAGGAGCACCUGUACGAUCAGCGAGAGCUCAAGGAUCUGCACCAUCUGCAUCAGAACUUCAUCAUCAAUGACUAUACGGACAAGAUUGCCACCAACAUCGACUUGCUCGAUACGGAGCUCAAAUUUGCGUGGGCCGCGCUCAAUUUGCUCAACGAAGAGUACACCCGGAUGUCGGAGAAGGUGUUCAAGCUGCAAUCGCUCAACGUAUCGCAGCAGCGGAUCGUGCAGAACCUGCAGUACAUGGAAGAGAACCGCAAGGCGUACCUUGACAUGAUACCGGACUACGCCAAGCACCACGAGUACUCGCUGCAGGAGCAGGCAAAGCUACGCGAAGACCUCGAGUAUCGGGACUGUAUCAACGAGGCGUACAUGAACACCGUCCAGCAGGCACCAUUCUCGUACGAGAUGAUGUUGAUGCAACAGCAGCAGCAGCAGUUGCAACAGGAAGCCGAAUUAGCCGAAAUGGCUGCCGUUGGAGGGUACAAUCCGGAGUAUUGGAUGACGCGUAGGAAUCUCUCGGACAUUCCUGAGGUAUUGCAGGAGCAACCAGCCGCUGAUCCCUACGCAGGAAUGGCUGCGGGCUACUCGCAAGAGAUGGCUAUGCGAAUGUCCACAAACCCAUUCUUGCCGGCCGUUGAAGCAGCCUCGGGGAUAAGCGUUCUACGAGAAAUCCAUCCAACGGACGAUGCUGCAAUGAUCGAGGAACAGCUGCGUACUUCGUUCCUCGAUCAUGCCAAACGGAUGGAGAUGGAAUACGGAGCUUCACCACUGUCGAAACAGUUUUCGGCUGAAAGGAAAACGAACGGAGACGUCACUCAACUCAUCACCCGGGUAAUCGACGAUGACGACGAUACUUCGUUGAGCAGUGAAGAAAUACGCUCCCUGAUGGCGAAAGGAGACUACUCUCCACUAGCUAGAGAUACCAAAGGUGGUGAAAAAUUAAUAUCUCAAAACAAACUCAGCGGCGUGAGUCCGAAGAAGGAGUUCAACAAGUACAUUCACCUGCCAGACGCAGCAGGAAUCGCAUCGCUAACGAGCGACGAUCUGCUGACUGUAGAAAACGGAACAAUAAGCAUGCAUCACGAUGCGGCAGCGACAAACCGAGACAACGAAUUCAAGCUCAAUCUCAAUACAGUCCAUCCAGCAACGGCAGUGAACGGUAGCGCUGCCAUGGGAGGAGUUUCGCCGAAGAAGCUGAGCGAAUUUUCGCCGUUCGGUAUGCAGAAAUGUAUGGCCAAAGACAUUCGCCUGGUAGAGAAGGAAAACAAUGUAGAUGUUAAGGCGUUAGCAGACAAAUCUAAUGUGGGCAAUCUUAUGACUAGCAGCAGCAACAACGUUCAACCACGGGCAGAAACCACGUUAACCUAUACUAAUCAGAACGGCCAGCCGGAAUCGAUCUUCAGCCAAAGUUUUAAGGAAGCGGUCGAGGCGAAAUUGGCAGGACAGGCCGUACAGAUGGCUGGUGAUAUGAUAGGACUCGGGGAAUCCAUUCCGAUGUUCCCUCCUGUUGUAAAUAAUAUUAAACCUAAUAUAAGUGAAGCUUUGGAGGCAGCCGCCGUUAGUGCAGCCGAAAUUAUCAGAAGACCAAGUGUAACGGACGCAGCCUUAAUAGCUUCGGAAGCUAGACGAAUUAGUAUCAGUGAUUCAUUAUUCCCAUCAUCAGUAGUUAGAAAAUCAAGUAUCACGGUGGCGUCGGAAAUGCCCCGAAAAGCUAGUAUAACAGAGGCCUCCGGGCACCAAUCACCUUUAUACGCGACGGUCACACGAAAGCCAAGCAUCACGGAACCGUCGUCGGAAAGCGCAACAAUCUUCCAUCCGGUUGCAAGAAAACCCAGCAUCACCGAAACUGCCGCAAGCCCUCCGAUGUUUACACCUCUGCCCGGACAAACCACCAUUACGGAUUCGCCCGAGAUGCAAGCCAUCUACGAAUCACUGUCCCGAAAAUCGAGCAUCCCAACGUUGGGAGAUUCGUUUUUCCCUUCACUCGACAUCACCGACUCCGGCUUUGCCGAAUGUACCGAUGGAAUGUCACUAUUCCCCACCAUUCCAUUGACUCUGUCCUCGAGCGAAGCCCCUGUUAGCCUACCGGACUUUUCCACUCUGUCGACGAUCUCCAACAUACCGGAAACGUCGGAGGCCUCUUCUUCCUUUCUGCACAUGUCGAUGAACUCCUCCGGCAUCAGCGAAGCCUCCGACAGUAUUCCACUUCCAGCACAAUCCACUACUGCGUCAACGAUAUCAACGCAACUCUCAGGACAACUAUUGAACCAGUCUACAGCACCCAUAUCGUCCAAGGAUGUUAUCCCACAACAACCACAGGAAAAGAUUACUCUACCACCCAUAUCAGCCUCACCGGCUACGAUCGCUGCCCUGGCAGAAAGCAAACCGAUAGCACAAGCUACCGCACCUCCACCAACUGUCGUCACUACGGCGACCCCUCUACCCCCGCUAACUUCAGCCUCAACUGCUACAACGUCUUCAAGUUUUUCCCCGCCGAAACCUGUCGUGAGUCAACCUGCAACCACCACUGCUCCACCCGUUACAUCAGCUGCUCCGCCAGUCUCGGUUCCAACUCCUGCUCCAAUACCUGCUCCCGUACAGAAGCCAGCUCCUCAACCCCAAGUUCAACCUCCUCAACCCCAACCACAGCCACAACAACCACCACAACAACCGCAACCGCAACAACAACCUCCACCAACGUCCAAGGGUGGAUUCUUUGGCGCAUCCACAGCCACCUUUGGAGGGUUCUUCAACAAGGUCAACAAAAGCCUUUCCCACCAAGACAGCUCCGACAGUCUCAUCGGUUCCAAAUCGAAGGCUUUCUUCUCCUCGGUCAAAAGCUCCUUCUCCCUUGACUCCAAAACAUCCGUAGACGAAGGUAAUCCCCAGCAGCAACAACAGCAACAACCACCGCAGCAGCAGCAGCAGACUCCAGUGCAGUCUCCUCCUUCUAGCGCUCAGGUACCACUCACGCCAGAAGAACCACCACCAGAAACAACCACUACUUCUACUACUACUACUACUACUACUACUACUACCACUACUACUACUACUACUACCACUACUACUACCACUACUACUACUACUACUAGUCCGCCACUGCUUGAAUCUCCACCUCCAGAUGUAGGGCAAAUGCAACUUCAGCAACUUCAACAGCAGCAGCAGCAGUUAACACCUCCGCAAGAUCAACAGCAACAGAUGCUUCAAUCGCUAGUAGACCAAUCGCCUCCUCAACAGCAACUGCAACAGUAUGAUUCUCCCGCAGUAUCCGAGUUCCCAACCCUAGCCGGUAGUACACCGACGAACGACGCACAACAGGUGCUGCCACCCUUUCCGGACGGCGACGGUGAAUCGCAGCUCGGGGACGGGGAAGCAGGACCGAGACCGACGCACAGAAAGAUGAGCUUAUUCCGGGGACAGGGUAGUGAAGAUGGUGAAGGAGGUAGCAAGUGGAAGUUGCUCAAGACACUCAAAGAAAAACGGAUCGAGGAGAAGCAGAAUGUGCCGGAGUCUGGUGAUUCGGAGGAACCAGGUAUUUUCAAGAAGGUUGACGUGACCAAACCUGAGGAGCCUGAGAAGCGCAACGGUGCGGCUGACAGUGGACGCGGAAAUGGACUUGGAGACAAUACCUUCUACAGCAACAUCGACAGUAUGCCGGACAUUCGACCCCGGCGGAAAUCCAUCCCCCUCGUAUCGGAGCUGACAAUGGCAGCGACCAAGCGGAAUGCGGGUUUGACCUCAGCGGUUCCACGUGCCACAUUGAACGAUGAAGAACUGAAAAUGCACGUCUACAAGAAGGCACUGCAGGCCCUGAUCUACCCGAUCUCGUCGACGACCCCACACAACUUCGUACUCUGGACAGCGACUUCCCCAACCUACUGUUAUGAGUGCGAGGGACUGCUGUGGGGCAUCGCCCGACAAGGGGUCCGCUGUACCGAGUGUUCCGUCAAGUGCCACGAGAAGUGCAAGGAUCUACUCAAUGCGGAUUGUUUACAGAUGUGUUUCGCUGGAGCUGCGGAGAAGAGUUCGAAGCAUGGAGCUGCCGAGGACAAGGCCAAUUCAGUUAUCGCAGCCAUGAAGGAACGAAUGAAGCAACGGGAGCGAGAUCGACCGGAGAUAUUCGAAGUCAUAAGGAAAGUCUUCAACGUCGAAGAGAAAAGCCACGCGGGUCAUAUGAAGGCAAUCAAACAGAGCGUACUGGACGGUACGAGCAAGUGGUCAGCGAAGAUCGCCAUCACCGUCAUCUGCGCCCAGGGAUUGAUCGCCAAGGACAAGAGCGGCACCAGUGAUCCCUACGUCACAGUCCAGGUCAGCAAGGUGAAAAAGCGGACGCGAACCAUGCCCCAGGAGCUGAAUCCAGUGUGGAACGAGAAGUUCAACUUCGAAUGUCACAACUCCUCGGAUCGAAUCAAGGUACGCGUCUGGGACGAGGACAACGAUCUCAAGUCCAAACUAAGGCAGAAAUUGACGCGCGAGUCAGAUGACUUCCUGGGUCAGACAAUCAUCGAGGUGCGAACGCUUUCGGGCGAAAUGGACGUCUGGUACAAUCUGGAGAAGCGAACGGACAAAUCAGCCGUAUCCGGGGCCAUUCGGUUGCACAUUUCGGUCGAAAUCAAGGGUGAGGAGAAGGUAGCGCCGUACCACGUGCAGUACACCUGUCUACAUGAGAACGUAUUCCACUACCUGUGCGAGGAGGCUCUUGGAGCGGUAAAUCUACCGCAAACGAAGGGCGACGACGGGUGGAAGAUCUACUUCGACGAGACGCCGGAGGAGAUCGUGGACGAGUUCGCGAUGCGGUACGGUAUCGAGAAUAUCUACCAAGCGAUGACGCACUUCCAUUGCCUGUCGACCAAGUACCUGUGCGCGGGUGUCCCGGCCGUGAUGAGUACCUUGCUAGCUAACAUUAACGCUUACUACGCACACACGACAGCGUCGAGUGCUGUCUCCGCCAGCGAUCGCUUCGCCGCCAGUAAUUUUGGAAAAGAAAAGUUCGUAAAACUGCUUGACCAGCUGCACAACUCGCUACGUAUCGAUCUAUCUAUGUAUCGCAACAACUUCCCCGCUUCCAGCCACGAAAAGCUGAUGGAUCUCAAGUCCACGGUUGAUCUGCUAACCAGUAUUACAUUUUUCCGUAUGAAGGUACAAGAACUGUCGAGCCCACCUAGAGCCAGCACCGUCGUCAAAGACUGCGUCAAAGCCUGUCUACGCUCAACGUAUCAGUUUUUGUUCGAGAACUGCUACGAGUUGUACAAUCGAGAAUUUCAGGUCGACCCUAACGAAGCGAAGCGCGAGGGUGACGACCACGGACCAAAGCUAGAGAACGUUGACUUUUGGCACAAACUAAUCGCACUUAUCGUAUCGGUAAUAGAGGAGGAUAAGAAUAGUUAUAGCGGAGUGCUUAAUCAAUUCCCGCAGGAGCUUAAUAUAGGACAGGUCUCUGCCGCAACGAUGUGGAGCUUGUUUGCAAUAGAUAUGAAAUACGCAUUGGAGGAGCACGAGCAGCACCGGCUCUGCAAAUCGUCCGCCUACAUGAACCUGCACUUCAAGGUUAAGUGGCUGUAUACGAACUACGUCAAGGAGGUCCCACCGUACAAGGGCGCCGUGCCCGAGUAUCCGGCCUGGUUCGAGCCGUUCGUAAUGCAGUGGCUCAACGAGAACGAUGACGUAUCGCUCGAGUACUUGCACGGCGCCUUCAAGCGGGACAAGAAGGACGGGUUCGUCAAGAGCAGCGAGCACGCCCUGUUCUCCAACUCGGUCGUGGACGUGUUCACCCAGUUAACCCAGUGCUUCGAUGUAGUUAGCAAAUUGGACUGCCCGGAUCCGGAGAUCUGGAAGCGGUAUAUGCGACGAUUCGCCAAAACUAUCGUUAAAGUAUUGCUCGCUUAUGUAGAAAUAGUUAAAACCGAAUUCCCCGCUAUCAUGCACGAGGAGAGAACCUCUUGCAUUCUAAUGAACAAUAUCCAACAACUCCGGGUCCAAUUGGAGAAGAUGUUUGAAUCGAUGGGCGGUGACAAACUGGAAGAGGACGCAGCCAACAUUCUGAAGGAGCUCCAACAAAACUUGAAUACGGCGUUGGACGAUCUUGCUACACUGUUUGCCAUAAGCUUGGAGCCCCGAAUCACCGGCAGUGUCCGGGAGCUUGGUGAUCUGCUGCAGCAGGUCAAGCAGCAAACGUCGCUCUUCCACGCGCCACCGACCGACGAUGCCAACAUGAUCGCCAUGGAAGCCGACGAGGUGCUCCGGCCGUUGAUGGAUCUGCUGGACGGAUCGCUCUCGAUGUACGCACAAUCCUGCGAGAAAACGGUCCUGAAGCGGCUGCUCAAGGAGCUGUGGAAGAUCGUGAUCCGAACCUUGGAGAAGACCAUCGUUCUGCCACCGAUGACCGAUAGAACGAUGGUUUUCAAACACCUUACGGAUAACGCAAAGAAUCUAGCUGCCAACGCUAAGAUCGAGGACAUGUCCCGGUUGAUCAAGGGCCACAUUGCCGGAAGUAAAGAUGCCAAGAAUGUGCUCAGCGGAGUGAUGGAUAUCUCCAAGGAAGUUAGCAUGGAGAAGAACCUUUCGCCAAAGCAGUGUGCCGUGUUGGAGGUGGCCCUGGAUACGAUCCAGCAGUAUUUCCACGCCGGCGGCAAUGGGUUGAAGAAGCCGUUCCUGGAGAAAUCGUCGGAGCUGCAGAGCCUCAAGUACGCCCUGAGCUUGUACACGCAGACGACCGAUACGCUCAUCAAGUCGUUCGUGUCCGGCCAGGGUGCUUCGGAAGAAGGCAGUAUCAGCCACGACGAUGCUUCGGUGGGUGAAGUUUCGAUACAGAUCGAUGUUUCGUCCAAUCCAGAGAACGGUGAACAGAAGGUGUCCGUCAAAGUAAUCGCCGCCAACGACCUGAAAUGGACCGUCCCGUCCGGCAUGUUCCGACCAUUCAUCGAGGUGAACCUGAUAGGGCCGCACCUGCAUGAUCGGAAGCGCAAGUUCGCCACCAAGUCCAAGUCGAACAACUGGUCCCCGAAGUACAAUGAUACGUUCCAUUUCAUCAUUGGCAACGAGGAACAGUUGGAGUUCUUCGAGCUGCAUAUCUGCGUCAAGGAUUACUGCUUCGCCCGUGAGGAUCGUCUAGUAGGCGUUGCCAUCCUGAAGCUGAAGGACGUCGUCGAUCAGGUAUGUGUGAUGGAGCCGGUAAUUUUUCGUCUACAAUCGAUUAGUGUGUGUGUAAUAGAAGUGGAUGCGAGUGUGUGCGAUGGAAGAAUACCAUUUUUCCCGAAUCUUUCGGGAGAGUUUUUUUAGCUACCUACAGGACGCAGCCAAUUUUAAGGAGUUUCAUCGGUAAAAAAAACAUGGAAAUGGGUAAGAUUUUGUACCUUGUGAAUUUUUUAGAGGUUAUUUCGUUUUUCAUGCUUCUUCUGGACGGACUUUUCUAACAAUAUUAAUGAAAAAAGCAUAUUUUGGAAAUAUGUACGUCACUUUUCUAUACACUUUGAACAAUCCUUCAACCAAUGAAUAGUAAGCCAAGGAAUAGUUUCCUGUAGUCAAAAUUUUCGAAAACAAAACAACAACAAUGACGUCGUCGGAACCGAUUCGGAUGCAACCAUUUCCCGUGGACGCGAGAGGACCGCCAUUCGAAAUCGUUGUGACCUCAUCCACGAUCCCCGUCACCAUCGGAAGGAAAUCUACGACCCUUAUUUGCCCGGCCUGUCGAGCGUUGGUGCGAACCAAGGUCAACUACAACGCCACCACCAGUACCCACUGCUGUGCCCUGUUGUUGUGUUGUUUUUCCUGCUGGACCUGUUGCUGUUGCUGUUGUCCGUAUUGCUGCAACUGGUGGGCCACCGUGGACCAUUACUGUCCCAACUGUCGCUGCUAUCUCGGAAGCUUUCAGCGAACGUGAGCGUUCUUUUUGACAAUAAAGUGCCUUGCAAAUUGUA